GUUCCACUAGCUCCUGUCAAAAAUAGCAUUUGGUCAAGUCCUUAUAUAAGAUAUGGUCUCCCAUUAGGUUUGCUAGCUACAGCAGGAGCAGUUAUGAUGUUGAAAAGAAAUAAAGCAAAUGUUGUAAAUAAUACUGAAGUAGCUGAAGUUAAACAAACUCCAACACCUUCGCCAAAACCAACGCCUUCACAAGCAACGCCUUCAAUGACUCCUGAACCUAUGGAAGUACAAACUCCUGUUCAAAAGUCAACUCCUAAACCGACUCCAACAUUUAAACCAGAACCUACUCCUCAAAUAAAUCGUAAAACUCCUGCGUUUCCUUACUGA